AUGAGCCACAUCAGGCUGGCCAGUUACACUGCGGAAGUCUACGAAUCGGUACCGUAUGCCGAGGAGCCGAGUGGAGAGCUCCGAUUUGAGACGCCAGUCCCUCGUCAGAAUUGGUCAACGAUCCUCGACGUCCGUGCGCAGACGAAAUGUCCCACGCAUGUGGAUUCUACCCCAGUUGCCGAAGAUUUCAAAGCGAUAGAAGACUGCUUACGCCUAAAAAUUGUGGUACCUUUGGAUGAAAACGGAAAGCGCUUCAAAGACAAGGCGCCUCUUCUGGUUUGGAUCCACGGCGGCUCUUACCACUUUGGCGGCAAGUACCACUACAAUAGCACGGGAGUAGUGAAGCAUUUUGCAUCGCGGAAAAUCGCCUUUGCCUCGAUUGAUUAUCGGCUUGGGUUUGAAGGUUUUCUGAGCGCUGGCGACCCGGAGAUACCCGGAAAUCUGGCCCUGGAGGACAUCUACAGCGGACUGCAGUUUCUCAGAGAAAAUGCGAACAACUUCGGAUUCGACGUGAACAACAUCGUCGUAGCUGGGGAAAGCGCAGGCGCAGCGCUCGCCGGGAUUACAGCGAUUAGCCCGAGGUUUAAAGGCCUAAUCCAUGGCGCUAUGCUCUUUUCCGGGACUCCCGGAGCGGCAUGGGGCAUUCGAAACAAGCAUACGAUUGCGAACACAAAGUUCAUGUUUGCCAAAUGCAAUUGUAGUGCCACGGCCGAUACGAAAAGCGUUAAGGAAUGCAUGAAAAAGGCCCCAAUAGACUGCUACCGCACCGGGGAUAAGAACGAAUUGGAUCGUAAGGGAAAGAAGAAUGGGCGAACGUACGAAAACCAGCGGAUGGGCGAAACGCUUUUUACCCCGAUCGUCGAUGCUUCUAGAGGCGAAGAUGCGAUGCUUCCCGAUAAGCUGGAAAACUUGAUCAGCCAACACGCUCAUCUCCCCAUCCUGAUCAGCAACGCUGCUCAUGAGCAGAUGGCGAUGAUGCGGGCCUUAGUGACUUACCUAAACCACUACGGAACUUCGAUACCGCAAUGGUUCGGCGAAAUGGUGCCCGACCGCUACAACGCCUCGGCUACUGUAAAGUUGUUGUUGAAGGAACGAUACCUGCCCGAAAAAUUCUCAGACCAGGUGACGAUCCGGAAAUUGAGCCACUGGUCAAAUGAUGAAUGGACGACGUCGGCGCACGAGACGGCCCUCCAAUAUGCCGACAAAAAUCUGACCGUUUAUACGCUGCUCAAUGACGUUUUCGACGAACCAGAAGCCGAAGUCUACGAAUCGAUACCGUAUGCGGAGGAGCCGUCGGGAGACUUGAGAUUCGAGAAACCGGUCCCUCGCCAGAACUGGUCGACAAUACUCGACGUACGCGAGAGUACGGCAUGCCCGACUUAUGCACGCGAGUACCAACUUACCUACCAAGAAGAUUGCUUGCGCCUGAAAGUCGUCGUACCUCUAGAUGAGCAUGGAAAGCGCUAUCCUGAGAAACUACCACUACUGGUUUGGAUCCACGGCGGCUCUUAUCAGGUUGGCGGCAAAAAAUACUACGCGAGUAGCGGCGUUAUCAAAAAUAUUGCUUCGCGCUUCCUGAGCAGCGGCGACAAAGACUUUCCGGGAAAUCUCGCACUCGAAGAUUUGCUGCUGGGAAUGAUUUUCCUCAGGGAAAAUGCCGACAACUUUGGUUUCGAUGCCAACAACAUCGUGGUGGCCGGGGAAAGCGCUGGCGGCUCACUGGCGGGGCUAAUGGCGAUAAGUCCUAGAUUCAAUGGGCUCUUCCAUGGCGUUAUGAUUUUCUCCGGGUCGCCAUCUUCUGCCUGGGCCAUCCGAACGAAACAUACGGCCGCGAAUUCGAAGCAGCUCUUCGAGCGGUGCAAUUGUACGACGACGCCUGGGAGCCGGGCAAUUAAAGAGUGCAUGAAAAAGGCUCCAGUUCAAUGCUAUCGCGACAUCGACGAGUUCGAAUUCGAUGUGAAAGGCAAAAACAAUGGGGGCAUUUACGAGGGAUGGCGGAUGGCCACCUGUUGGUUCACACCCGUCGUCGACGCGCACAGAGGAGCGGAGUCAUUCUUGCCGGAGAAACCUGAAACGCUGAGCAACAACGCCGCACACGAGCUGAUGCAGCACACCGACCAACUGCUUCAGCAGCUAGAGGAGGGGUGGAUGACGGUGGACGACUUCUUUGACGCCCAGGUCCCGAAGCGGUACAACGCUUCGGCCGUCGUGAGGAUGUUGAUCAAGGAACGCUACCAGCCCAAGCGCACCAGGGAACGAAUUACCGUCGUUCGCAAAUUGACGCAGUUCACGACGGACGAAUGGCUUGCCGACGCGCAGUACGAGGCACUGGAUUAUACCGGCAAAAAUUUAACUGUUUAUUGCUUGAUCAAUGAUGUAUUUGAUGCCCCAGACGGUGGCGAAGAGCUCUUUGAUUCGACCACGCACGGCACCGACUUGUUUAUGUUGUUCGAAAACCACGGCAUCACCGAACGCAUUACUUUUUUCGACCGUCACAAGCAACUCGGGGCGAAAUUUGCAGACCGUCUAGCCGACAUCAUGGAGGAGUUCAUCCGAACAAAGAAACUAAAAGAUCACCCGGCGUUCAACCGGGAAACUCGGCCAUUGAUCAAAAUUUCACAUCACCGAAUCCAACACGUUAAUUACGACACGGAAUCCUAUUAUUUCUGGAAGAUUCUUCUGCCCACCAUCGCUCGUUUCAAUCUCCAGGAAAAGAAGAUCGAGACUGCGAAGGCCGGG